CGUUCGGGUGUUCAUCAUUCAUCAAUCCACAAUCGUGUAUGCUGCUACGGCACAUAGGCUUUCCACGAGGGGUUGAUCAUACAGUCUUGCCCGCUUUCGGCCAUUCAUCUGCAAGAUCGUUCACAACCUUUCAGCCAAAGAUGGCUCCUACACCAAUACCCUUACCACGUCAUAUUUGUGAUGCAUUAGGACUUUCACAAAAUGAAGUUGCUUUUCGUGAAGGUAGUGCAACGAUUGUUCUGCCAACAAAAGAAGCAGCAUUCUUGAAUCCUGUGCAAGAAUUCAAUCGUGAUUUAAGUGUUGCUGCUUUACGUGCUUGGGGACAAAUAAGAAAUGAAGAAAAACGAAAAAGAUUCGAAGCUGGAUUGGCAAAACGAAUCGAAAAGAAGAAAGCACAGGCUUUGAGAAAGAGACAGGCUAAAUCCAAUGGUGAUCAUAAUGAUACCGAGGCAAAGAGGCGGAAAGUUGAAGGGGAAGGUGAAUCAGCUAGCGCAGUCCCAGUACAAGAGGGAGAAUCUUCGGGUACGACUGAAAACGCCGAAGGCAGCACUACUGUAAACGGAACGACACCAUACAGCGAAGUAUAUAGGGACUUCAAAUUCACAGUCUUAGAAGCACUAAGUGCUACGGGACUGCGAAGUAUUCGAUAUGCAAGAGAGGUACCAAACAUUCGUCAAGUGAUGGCCAAUGAUCUAUCGACUACCGCUGUAGAAGCUAUGAAGCGAAACGUGGCACUCAACUUUCCGGCCGGAAAGCCAAUCGAAAAAUGGCAACCACCACUUCUUGAAAUGGAAGAUGGAAAAGUGAAAAAGCCGCAAAAGAUCGAUGAGGAUACUAUUGCAGAAAUUGAGAACGGCAUUUCUGCAAGCGCAAAAGCAGUCGAAUCGAUGACCGAGUCUGCUUCAUCAAGCAAAGCAGAGGCAAAUACGACCACACCAGCAGCUUCUACUUCCAUUCAUCAGGAUUGCAAUAUCAGAAUCAAUGAAGCAGACGCAAUCUCGCUGAUGUACGCACAUCGCGACGAUAAACACAAAUUUGACGUUGUUGAUUUGGACCCAUAUGGAAGUGCGGCAAUCUUUCUCGAUGGUGCUGUUCAAUGCAUCGCAGAUGGAGGUUUGCUAUGUGUAACAUGUACCGACAGUGCCGUCUUGGCCGGUACUUCGCAUCCAGAAAAGUGUUUUAGCGCUUAUGGUGGUGUGACAACAAAGACCGAAUAUUCUCAUGAAUUCGCUUUACGAUUGGUUUUACAUGCUAUUGCAACUUCAGCUGCACGUUAUGGACGACAUAUCGAACCCCUUCUAAGUCUCUCGAUCGAUUUUUACGUUCGCGUCUUUGUUCGUGUACAGACAAGACCUGUUGAAGUGAAAAGAUUGGCUUCAAAGAUGGGAGCGGUAUUCACAUGCACAGGAUGUCAAUCGCAUAGUGCAUUACCGUUUGGCAGACAUCACGAGAACAAUGAAACGAGAAGUGGACAAAUCUUGGACAAAUUCCAACCAGGCGCUGGUCCUACUAUUGGAAGCGCAUGUGAUCAAUGUGGCAGUAGAUAUCAUACCGCAGGUCCGAUGUGGUUAGGUCAGUUGCACGACAAGAAUUUCUGUCAAGAAGUACUUUCGAUCGUUCGUGGAGAACCUGAAAAGUUUGCUACACGAGCACGCAUAAAUGGAAUGGUAGGAACAGCAUCUGAAGAAUUAGGAACGGAAGCUUUGUUCUUCUUUACGCCAUCGAGACUUUCUUCUUUCUUUAGAUGUUCUUCGCCUCCAAUGCUGCCGAUCGUGUCAGCAUUGUUGCAUGCUGGAUUCCAGGUUAGCAGAUCACACUGUCAACCGGGAAGUCUGAAAACGACUGCCACUCGUGCUCAAAUUUAUGCUCUUUGGCGUGAAUGGAUCAAGAGAAAUCCUGUAAAGAUGGAAGGUAUCAGCACAACUUCCCCUGCGUAUAGAUUGUUGACGCGGCAAGAAACCGAAGCAGAAGCAUCAACAGCUAUCCAAUGGAACUUGGAAGAACAUCCAGGAGCAAAAGAUGUCAUUGAUGGAUCUGAAUCGUCAAAAGGAACACGUUAUCAAGCUAAUCCUUUGCCGAAUUGGGGACCUGGUACGGCUGCUCGUACCACAAAGGCCGCAAAGUGAGUCAAUUUCAGGCAUUUUCAUGUAUAUUAUUCUGUAAGUAUAGUAAUCAAUGCAGU